AUGACUUCGGAUUGGAGGACAUUCAGCGAAGACUCAGCAAUGAAAUAUCUUUACAGAAUACUAGGAGAUCAAGCUCGAGUAUCUGGUUCUGUUUAUCAUUUCGUCAAAACAAGAGAUUUAAAAUGGCUCCUAGAAGAAGUUACUGCCAAUUCAAAUUUACCCGUACAUAUUGAUUGGCAAUAUGUAUCAGGUAAUUACUGGUUGGAAUUCGACCCGCCGUAUGUCAAUUCAUACAACAACGUGUCAAACAUUAUCGCUAUAUUGGAAGGGGAAAGCGGGGUCAAAGAAGAUAGUAUUGGAACAUCUCUAUUAGUGAACUGUCACUACGAUUCUGUACCUUUUGCUAUAGGUGCAUCUGAUAAUGGAAUCUUCUGUGCCGCUAUGGUCGAGAUCUUGGUUAAACUAUCAAGAAGAAAAGAGAAAUUCAAACAGAACAUAAUCUUUUUAUUCAAUGGAGCAGAAGAAAAUGUAUUGAUGGGUAGUCAUGGCUUUCUAAAACAUCCCUGGUCUAAAAAUAUAAGUUCUGUUAUUAAUUUAGAUUCUGCCGGUAUGAAUGGUAGACCAAGUGUUUUUCAGGUAACAAACCCCCAAAUUCUGCCUCACUAUAGUAAAACCCCAAGGCCGACAGCACAAGCCGUGGGUCAAUUCUUGUUUCAAAGCGGUAUAAUACCUUCUGAUACAGAUUUUAGGAUAUGGAGGGAUUUUGGAAAUAUUACUGGUUUAGACAUAGCAUUCACAGAGAGCGGUCACGUGUAUCACACUAGAUAUGACAAGCCUCAAAUGAUACAGACGGGUGUCAUACAACACGCGGGGGACAUGCUGAUUACAUUAAUAGCGGGAGUAGCCGAGCGGAGACAGGGGGACGAACAGGAUAACUCGUCACCAGUGUAUUAUGAUUAUUUGAGUUUAUUUUUAAUAUCGUACAGUGAGAGGCAGUCUCAAAUCAUAGAUGGCGUUGUCGCUGUUUUAGGACUAAUGAGUGUUGUAUACUAUAUGUGGCUGUUUGGAUUGAGAUGGUCGGUGUUGAGAGAUCUAUUGUGUUCUUUAGCCGGUAGACUCGUGUGUAUUGUAGCCGGUGUAUUAACAGUUGCAUUAUUAACACUGGCAACAAUAUUACUCGAUAUGGGUGUUGCCAGAUAUAUGCAAUUGAGAUACUUAUCAUAUAAAUGGCUGGUAGUUCCUUUCUACUGGCUACCAUAUUUUACUUCUUAUAUACUAGUAUCAUUUUUAUAUGAUGGUCAUUGUAACAAUAAAGUGAAUCGUUCUAUAAAGAGUUUACAAGCUAUGACUGCCACCCGACUCCUCUUGUCUAUGUUGUUGUUAAUAUCAGUAGCUUUACCAUCUUUGUCGAAGGUGCGUUAUGUUUUAACGGUGAUAGUAUUGAUGACGUCACUAUGCUCAUUCAUUACUAUGACGUGUGUCAGGAGAUUCAGAUUGACUGGUGUCCAACACCUGUUGCUACAAGUGUUUCUCUCCGUCCCUCUCUCUCUCUUCUGUUUCUCUCUAUCUCUCCGUCUCUCUCCGUUUCUCUCCUCUAUCUUGGGUCGUUCGGGUUCCAACUACCCGGAUAUCAUGAUGGCGGGUGCUAGCGCCGGUCUCGCUGUAGUCUUCGGUUUUGGCGUGUCAGGUAUAGAGUUAUUAUUCUCUAAGUCGUACAUGUCCCGCGUACUAUGUUCGUUGUUGUGUGUAUGGCUCGUGUUGUCGCUCGUGCCGAUAACUCAGUACGGGGGCGAGGUUACGCAGAGGCAUUACUGGUUUCACACAAAAAUAACAACCUACAACUCAAGUCUAGCGCCAAUAGAUGUGAAUUCUGGUGUAGUUAUAAUGAAAUUGGAUCCGUACACUGUACAGUCAGCUUUAAAAGCUAUAAAAGAGAGUCCAUUUUACUCUGAAAACGAACAAACGAACGAAACAUUCAUCAAAGGAAUCAAAAUUAUUGAUGAAGAGUGCAAUGACCUCGUGAACUGCAACCUACCCUCUAUAAGACCACGGAGGAAUAGCCUUUUUCUCAAAAUGGAUCCACCGAGAGAAUUCAAUCGUUCAUUUAACUUGGUUAAUAAAUACUGUGACGAAACGAAAUGUCAUAUGAGUUUUAUAAUGCGUGGCGCAGCACACAACGCUAUAACUCUAUAUCCGUAUUUCAAUAUAACCGCGUGGUCUUUAGAACCAGAAGUUAAAUCAACGACUACCUUCAAAGACAGACCUCUGUACGUUAUAUACCACGCGUGUAACACAUACGUGGAGUUCUUUGAACCUUUUGAGUUCAAUAUUACUAUGGAGGUAGGUUGA